AUGGAGCCGUCCACUGCCCCUGGUGCUGAACCGGCUGAUUUUGACAUGUACUCGGUGAUUCCGUUCAAUGUCACCUACCCGGACGACGAGAUGGGGUUCGUGCCCAACGGGGAAAACUACACCCAGCAGCUCCCGGUUCAGAGCGCCUCCAAUAUUAUAGUAGCCAUCUCCAUCACCGCGCUCUACUCCGUUAUCUGCGUGGUGGGAUUGCUCGGGAAUGUCCUUGUGAUGUACGGGGUGGUGAGGUAAGGGUUUUCUAGUGGAACCACCAGUGGCAUAUUCUACUUAGCCUACUAUCAUUGGUGGCAACUUGCUUUUGAGAUUGUAUGGCUAUUAUUUUCUGUAAGAAAGCUUGUGAAUGCAUAUCAUUUUCGGGGAUAUGCAUGACUGAAAAUGUACUUUUCUCAAGAAAGUUGUAGGCUAUAAGGGUAUCGUGUAUUUCGUAUGGAUAUUCCGUUUUUUAUAGCCCAAUAUCUCAUGCGUGCCUCUCUUCGUGUUAGCUAAGCAAACCGUGUAUUUGUCAAAUGCAAGCACAGGACGCGAAUCAAUUAUAAAAUGAAUGAUACAAUUUAUGAAAACCAAUUUCCUGUGAUUUGAUGUUGCUACACUCUAUAAUUAAUUUUUGGUUCCAAAACAUUUGCGAAUACUUUGCUUUUGUUCAACAAGUAUACAUUUUUGCUGGUGAAACAGUAAAUCAAUGUUUACUUGCGCGUGAGGACCAAAGGAAAGAGAGAGUAUGGUGGAGGGUGAGGGUGUGUGUGUUUGUGUGUGUGUGUGUGUGUAUGCCUACUAGUGUGCGUGCGUGCGUCGGACUCUUUUCAUAUUUCACAUGCAGUCCUCCUCUGUUCAGCCCGACUCCACAGUACACGUGCACACACACACACACACACACACACACACACACACAAACACACACACAGCCUCUGGCUAGAGAGCUGGGUCAGGUCCAGGAGGAGUCUCUUUUGCCUUCAUCUCUAGCUGGUAAAUAUGACGCUUUCUUUAGUUUGAUUUGGUUUGAAAUGAAAGGAUUACAGUAUACCGAAAAGAGUACCUAAAUUGGGCUAGCUUUAAAAAAAAAAAAUGUAUUAUCAAAUGCUCCCAUUUCACAGACAUUAAUUAAGAUCAACAGGAUUCAAAUUGCAAUUACUGGCAUUAUUAUUGGCUAUUCCCAAUCUGCACCCUCCCUUAAUUGAAAUAGUACUGAUGUCAGUGAUGGGUUUAUUGUUUAUGAUGACAUGACCCUGCUGAGUGUAUCUUUAAGGAGAAUAAUUAUGCCCACAUCACUAAAAUGCUCUAACAACUGCACCACAGGUGACAACCAUUAAUUGAACCCCCCCUCUGACAUGUUCAAAGACAUGUCAGGCCAUAGCCAAACUUGGAGGACUGAACCCUCGCAGUGUGUACUAAACUGAACCCUAGCAGUGUACUAAACUGAGCACUAGUAGUGUACUAAACUGUCUGGCAUUACAAGACAAUGAGUGUCCAGUCUAGUGAACUGGAUGUCCAGUCUAGUGCACUUACUUCCUCUGAUGUACACUAAUAGCUUUAUUGCCCACUGCAGUCAGACAUGAUAAAACAGUGUCCAGUCUAGUAGCUCUGAAUCCACUAAUAGCUUUAGGGUUGGGGUCAAUUUGGAAUUUCUGAAUUUAAUUUAAUUCAAACAAUGAAUUUGAAUUGAAUUUGAAUUGGCCUCACCCCACAGGAAGUAGAAUUUGAAUUUAAUUGAAGGAAGUAGAAUUUAAUUAAAACCAAUUCAAAUACAAAUUCAGAAUUGACCCCAAUCCUGUUAUAUAUGUAAAGUUGUUCAGUGGAGCUUGACAGUAAGAGCCAGUAGGCUACCAUCAGUAUGAACUCUCCUCUCUGGUUUUCAGAGAAAAGAUACAUCUAGUGGCCUCUUCUGCUGUCUCCUGUCAGAUAAUGAAAGAGGUUGUCAUGACAAUGGACAUUAGUUGGUUUCUCCCAGAGCCAUAUAUUAAGAGAGUUCGUCCAGGUUUUAGAACGGAUGCCAUGUUAGCACCUUUAUUCUCAAAAUGUUGGUGAUGUACAAUACGAGAGCGCCUCCGACAGUUCCCUAUGAAAUGACCCGCUGUAAACAAGCAAAACAGAGCAGUGAAUUUAACAGACAUUUUUAUUGAUUAGCAUUCGGGAUAAUGUGUAUCCAAGUCGGUACUGUGUUGUGGUCUCAACAAAUUGCAUAUGUGCUUUCACUGGACAUCUUCAUAGGUUUUUAAAACUAUCAGAAAUAAACAGCACAAUGCUAAAGCGUCAAUUAUCACUUAGCAACGGCUGUGGAGGAGAAAGUGGAGGUGCUUUAAUGGGAUUUGACUAGAUGGUAGGCCUAUACAGCUACGGAUGGAAGUUACUUUUCGUAGCAGGUUAGGAGAACUUACGCAGCAGGUUAGGAGAACUUACGCAGCAGGUUAGGAGAAUUUACGCAGCAGGUUAGGAGAACUUACGUAGCAGGUUAGGAGAACUUACGCAGCAGGUUAGGAGAACUUACGCAGCAGGUUAGGAGAACUUACGCAGCAGGUUAGCAGAAUUAAUGGAACAGGUUAGCAGAAUUAAUGGAACAGGUUAGUAGAGUUAGAUUAAGGUUACGAAAAGGGUUCAGGUUAGGUUAACUAAAAUGCUCUCCUAACCUGCUAUCUGAUACGUAUCAGAUUUGUUCCCUUAAGUGUAAACAGCAAAAAAAAACACAUGGAAUCUGAUCUUUUGACUUCAGAUUUAUACCACCUCUAUUUGUGGAUCUGAUUUCUGAUACAAACCGAAUCCUGCAUAUGCGACCUCUGUCUGGACGCUCAGAUCAGAUUUUUGUGGGGGGGUUUUGCAGAUGACCUGCCGUUACCAUGACAACCACCCCAAAAUGUAAGGAGAGAGAGCGACAAAAAAAAGAGUGAGAGAGAGAGAGAGAGAGAGAGAGAGAGAGAGAGAGAGAGAGAGAGAGAGGCAGUGGCAGAAACAGAGACAGACAAACAUAGAGAGAGAGUGGGUGUGUGAGAGAGAGAGAAACAGAGAGAGACAGGGAGAGAGAAAGCGGCAGAGAGAGAGCAAAAGACAGAUUUAGUAUUUUAGUAUUUUAUUAGGAUCCCCAUUAACUGUUGCUGAAGCAGAAGCUACACUUCCUGGGGUACACACAAAACACAAAACAUUACAUAAUACAGAACAUCAAUAGACAAGAACAGCUCAAGGACUGAACUACACACAUUUAAAAGAGAUAGGAAGAGACUGAGUGAAAUGAUGACAGAUCAGAGACUUCCUGUUGCAAAUACAAAUUGUUACAUCUUUCCCAUAUUCAAGCCAUUUGAAACAUAUUCAAGUUAUUAGCGUUAUGAACAUAGAAACCUGUUUGCAGUUUCUGUGCCGCAAUGUUUAUUUUAUUUUAUACAUCAUUACUGGUAAUCAGAAUGUGUUCUUAGGUGUGAUUUUGGUGUGAAGUGUGAUUUUAUGAUGGCUUACUAAAAAGCUAGUGUGGAACCCCAUAUUAUUGGCAUAUUCAACAGCGUUUAACAAAUAUUUGACCUUCAACACUGUUGUCUUGUGAUCAAGCCAUCAAUGUUUUGUGAUUAUUGGGGUCGUAAAAAUGUUAGCUAACGGGUUAGCAAUUAGCAUGUUUGACAUUUCAGUGGAAAUACUACUACUAUCAGCUUUUUGAUAAGCGGUUUAGCAAAGAAAUACGUCCCGUAUUAUCGGCAUACGGUCCCCAGUUAUUGGCCACCUUACUAUUUUGUUCAAUUACAAGACAUAUCCAUAUAAGCACGGGGUGACCUCCUGUGGACUCUUAAAAAUGGUUCUUCACCAACAUCUUCUUCAGUGUUGUAACCAAAUAAUGUCUCAUAAUUUGUUUUACAGAUUAAUCUUAUGUUUUGAGAAAGCAGAUAACAGUUUAAUACUAAAAUAUAAAUGAGUAUGAAUAAUUUACAUCAAAUAAAACUUUAAUUUCAGUAAUGUGCAUUGACAUAAACAAUUAAAACACUGUUGGAGUUUGUGCUGCAGAGAUGCACUUGGUAAGUAAAGGAAGAAAUACACAAGAUUAAACAAAUAAAUAAUUUAUUAAAGUUCCAGACGAACAGUUAUUGUGCUGACACUGCUUCCAGAGGCAGUUUGGAACUCGGUAGUCAGUGUUGCAAUCGAGGACAGACGAUUUGACCGGGGCAGAUCUAGCAGGGCAGAAAUGUGAUGAACUGACUUGUUGGAAAGGUGGCACCUAUGACAGUGCCAAGUGGAAAGUCACUGAGCUCUUCAGUAAGGCCAUUCUACUGCCAAUGUCUGUCUGUGGAGAUUUCAUGGCUGUGUGCUGGAUUUUAUACACCUGUCAGCAAUGGUUGUGGCUGAAAUAGCCCAAUCCACUAAUUAGAAGGGGUGUCCACAUACUUUUGAUGGUGUGCUGCCUUUUAAACUGCCUGAAAUUGACACACUGUGGACUGGAGGCCAGCGAACAUGGUCAAUACUGGACCGAGUGAUUAACUUGUGGUGACAGACUAUGAUCAAUGGCUCUGGGUGUACGUACCCAAUAUACAAAUGAUGCCUGUGGUCUGAUGAAGCUGUGAUCGAUAAGACAAUAAUCAAUAUUCACCAGCGUCAGGAGAAGGAAACAUUCCAUGUCCAUCCUGUUUGUCCUGGAACCAAGGCCACUGACUGACGUUUUUGAAAUGACCCUCUGUUCCCUGCAGCAGUGAUUCUAACAAGGAUCUGCCUCCUCCAUAUGUUUGUUAGCCUCUAAGGCAGUAGUUUUCAACCUGUGGUCCACGGUCCUUUUUCUAGCAAUUUAUUUUCUUCCAAAAAUAAUAGCAGUUGGGGGUAUUAAUGGUAUUUUAAGAAAUGUUACAUUUCUUUUCAAAAUGCCAAUUGUUUAUAAUAAUAAUAACAGGCCUUUAAUCUGUUACAUUCACAGAUAAAAUGGACCCCAAAUUUGUCCGGCAAGAUAUUUAAUGUUACAACAGUCCUCAAGAGGUUUUGACAGUGAUUUGGUGGUCCACGGAAUGGAAAUGGUUGUGAACCACUGCUCCAGGGACACGAGAUGAAUGUGUGAAGAGGACAGGGCUGUACAGCAUUGAUAGCUACAAUCCCCAACUAGACAGAGGUCUAUGAUACUAUCACAGUUACAGUUCAUGUUUCUCAUUUUAAACAGCAUGAUUUAACAUGACGUUGAAAGAAAAGAUCCCACUGUUUUCAAGCUUUUCAAGCUUCCAACAAGGAGAAUGGACAUACAAACCACCCAUAUGAACUUGUGCCCUGUGGCAUUAGCUAACUACUACAGGUCCAGAACCAGUUAAACGGAUGGCAUGAACAGAGUGGGCACUGUGGGCAAAUAUCAAAGCUCAUCCUCUUCUAUGAUUAAUGCAUGCACAGCUGUCAUCCUCAAUGGGAAAUGGAACAUAGCAUGUUGUGGUGAAACCUGCCUUGGUGCUGUAACCUGCUGAGAAGAUGUUUCAGGUUGUCAGCUACAUCCCCCGUAAAGAUAACAGGGAGGGACAGCCUAUCUUAGUCAGUUCCCUGAACCGACUGUACCGUACAGUGCUGUACAGAACACUGUAUCCUUUUACCAUCCUGCCAGUAUCUGGCCACUGGGGUGUUCUCAGCUCAGAUCAUGUCUCUUCCCCCAACGCCCACCCGCCUCUUCUCUGCUUCUCUAGCCACUUCAUCAACAUCCAUUCACACAAACAGAGCCCUGAGCCCACCCACUCAAUGCGUCUCUCGUCGCAUCUCCGUCUUCGUGUCUGCAUGAGUGUGUGUGUGUGUGUGUGUCUGUGUGUGUGUGUGCGUAUCAUGUGUAAGCCCUGGCUCGUGUAACAUUGGCUCAAGGCGUAGGGGAGUGGGCCAUGGUUUGAACAGGAAAGACAAUAAGGGACUUGGACCCAGCAUGGAUCUUGGUGGUGGAGGAGAGGUGUGUGUGUAUAUGUGUGUGUGUCCCGACCACACCAGCUCAGAUCAGGGCUGGCGAUAACGAUUCUACAUACGCAGAGAACAAACCCAUCCAAGGCGUAUGACGACUGCUUCUGAUUCACCGUCGUUUUAUGAAUACGAAAAAUAUAAGAAUGAAAAUGUAAUAUCUAAUUGUCUCCUGCUAACCGUGGCGCUAGGAAGCACAGACGGAUUCAUAGAUGAAGUUAUGCUGAAUCAAAGGGUUCUAACAGACGUGAAAGAAACCUCCCAUCAAGAACAAUCUUCUUCCCUAGCGAUAACAGAUUCUGUAACCUGCUGUAGUCGGACUCAGAACACAUCUGAGCACCGGAAACUCCAGGCAAUAGUUUUACUCUGUCUCUGGCUCCCCAAUACGUGUGACUCAAGCAAUAUUUCCUAAAACAUGUCUUCCUUGCCCCAGUGAGAUAUUGUUGUGAUACACUAUGAGCAGGUUCACAGCAAUGGACUACUGAUGUGUUUGCCCAACAGAGACCCAUUUAUAAAACACAGUACCACUGACAACAUGGGAUGCAUUACAGAUGUAGGAUCUUAAUUUGAGCCAGUUUGAGCCAGGAAAAUAAUCCUGCAGUAUCAGGAAAUGUGAAUGAUUAUGUGAAUUAUAAUUAAUGGACAUUUCUGUAGGGGUUGAUACAUUUUUCACAAGGGAAAAUCAAGUCUGAAAUGUCAAAGUGGAAAUUACAAACUUCAGAUGCCUUUUUAAACCUCAAAUACACUACAAGUUUUAAAUGUCCCGCAUUACAGGAAAGUUCUCCUGCAACAGGGUGAUCAAAUUAAGAUCCUACGUCUGUAUACAGUACUGAUAUUAUUACAUUUUACAUUAAAGUUGAAUGUAUAGCUUUACAGCAUAGGAAUGGAGCUACAAAGCUGGAAAAGCAUUUUGUAUGAGUCAGGUACAGGACCUCUGUCCUGAUGCUGUUAGUUGGAGUGAUUCUUGACAGAUUUUUUGCAUUCAUCAAUCACUUCCACCUAGCCUGUCUCUACUUUUAACAGUGUGAUUGUGUAAUUGCCAGGGCUGCAUUUAUGGUGUAGCGAGAGAGUGAUACCCUGGAGAGGCAGAGCCAGUAGAUCAAGACCACCUUACUUACUGACACCAAGACCCAAUACAGACAGAGAUGGAGAGAGAGGGAGAUAACCAACAAUUCAUCUAGUUAACCUUUUGUUUGAAUAGAGACAGGUGCAAUUAAAACAGAAAGAGAUUGGAUAGACAAGAUUUAGAUCCACUGACCUGACCUUGUUUUAAUUUUCUGCAUUUGUCCCUGAGUAGGCAAUAUUACAAUGCCUAUCACCACUCUUCACAUGCACACACACACACACACAAACACACACACGCCACACACACACACACACAAACACACACACGCACGCACACACUGUUGUUGUAAAGUCUGUUCAAUGUCGGCCAGUUGAAUUGACCUGACAGGGAUCACAACACAUCUGUCAGAUGAACAAUUAAGAAGGCGGCUUUCAUGGACAAUUUAGAUCGGAAUGGUUUAACCCUCCUGUGGGAGCCGUUGAAGCAGAAGAGAAAUCAGCAAAUCACCAGCAGCUCUCAGCCGCAGAUACUCAACAGGCCUGUCCCCUCUCACCCCUAACCCACCAUCAGUCUCAUACGCAAAUGGGAUGCCUAAACCAGGGAUGGUCAUCACUGUCCUGGCUCAUGGCCUCUUUGCUGACUUACAGCAAAGAGACAUUUUGCGUAUGUGUGAUCCUUUGUAGCUCAUUUUGUCGUUUUGUAGAGCAUUCCCAAACUACCCAUACGUAAAAUGUAUGCACUCAUGACUUUAAGUCGCUUUGGAUAAAAGCGUCUGCUAAAUGGCUAAUAUAUAUUAUAUUACAUUAUAGCACUACAUGCAUGCACACACACAAACACAGACACAGACACACAUACACACAUUCCACAGACCUACAUUAUAGCCCCGGUCUCCAGAAUGAUUUGGCUGGUAGUGUUUAUGCACUAAGAGCUGUAAGUUAAUAGAUGUUAUCGACCAAACCUUAAAGAGGGAGAAAAGGUAUGGGAAAUCAAUAGGCUACAAUGUAUUUAUUAAUGGGCGACAAGGAACAGGGUCAUUCCACCUCAAAAAGCACAAGAAUGAGGGUUUUGACACCCACAAUGUCAGAUUGUUCUGAAAUCGUUUCUGUUGUUAGAAACAGAUAAGAUAAGCAUUCCUGUAACAUUCCUAAUUUCUUCCUCAUUGUUAGAAAAAAGUUUGGUCCAAAUCGGAUGUUAGGUACUAUAUUGAGUAUUAUAUGAAUCCUAUGAAUUUGAAUGGCCAAUUUGGGUGCAAUCUUAAUUUCUCAGAGAUCAAAUGAUAUUUCAACAAAAUAAUUUGGCAGGAAUGCUAAUUUUAUAUUUUUCUAACUACAAACAUGAGUUCUGAACAAUCUGAGGUGGGUGUAAUGGCUUGGUGAAAUGACAUGGAACGACCCAACAGGGAGUUAGGGUUUGGAGCUUACAGUCACUGUCAAAGACUGACCAACCCAAAACUGAUUUAAAUUUUCCAGUAAAUGUUGUUUACUUAAUUCUGAGUGUUGUUUGGUUUGAUUUUGUUGUCCUUUUGGCCAUCUGGACCAUUAACUAAAUGGACUGUACAAAAUAUGCACUUAAUUUAUCCACAGAGCCAUGCCGCACAGUGCAAAAAUCAGUUGACAAGUACUGUGCUCACUUAAGCACACCAAUUUAAACACUAGCAUAUUCUGUACCUCUACAGCAUUUUACAUACAGACCAAUGGGCUAUAACUAAUAGAAUACUGUUUUGAAGGCAAAGUAGGUUAAGAUAGAAUAUAUCUCUAUUAACAUAUUUAUAUUGUGCCUUCAGAGAGAUUCUGACCCCAUUAAGCCAAUAUCUUUAACUACACUUGUGACUCAGCCAGACCCUCGAUGUGAACUGGGGACCCCGAUCAGACACUAUUUCUUCAGGCACACCGUAGUGCCGGAAGACGUGGGUAAACAGAGCCUCCGCAGUCUUAAGGGCCGUAGGGAGACCGGGCAAAGGAAGGAGACAGCAGUACUUAGAAAACCGAUCCACACGUGGUGUUACCUUGUGACGGAGGAAGAUCCGUCACGAAGUCCACCGAUAGGUGUGACCACGGCCAUUGUGGAACGGGUAGGGGUUGUAAUUUCCCUCUGGGCAGGUGUUUAGUUGCCUUGCACUGGGCGCACACCGAGCAGGAGGAAACAUAAACCCUCACGUCCUUAGCUAAAGUGGGCCACUAGUACUUCCCACUAAGACAGCGCACUGUCCGACCGAUGCCAGGAUGACCAGAGGAGGGUGACGUGUGGGCCCAACAGAUCAAUCGAUCGCGGACAUCAACCGGAAUGUACAGACGCCCAACUGGACACUGGGUGGGAGUGGGCUCCGUACGUAACGCCCGCUCGAUGUCCGCGUCAACCUCCCAUACCACCGGUGCCACCAGGCAAGAAGUAUGGGAGUGGGAUCCGUGGACCGCUCCUCUGUGUCAUACAACCGGGACAGUGCAUCUGCCUUAGCAUUCUGGGAACCUGUUCUGUAGGAUAGGGUGAAAACAAAACAGGUAAAAAACAUGGCCCACCUUGCCUGGCGAGGGUUCAGUCUCCUCGCCCGCCGCCCGGAUGUACUCCAGAUUGCGGUGGUCAGUCCAAAUGAGGAAAGGGUGUUUAGCCCCCUCAAGCCAAUGCCUCCACGCCUUCAGAGCCCUGACAACAGCUAACAGCUCCCGGUCCCCCACAUCAUAGUUUCGCUCCGCCGGGCUGAGCUUCUUCGAAAAGAAAGCACAGGGGCGGAGCUUUGGUGGCGUAUCCGAGCGCUGAGACAGCACAGCUCCUAUCCCAGCCUCGGACACGUCCACCUCUACUAUGAAUGCCAAGGAGGGAUCAGGAUGAGCCAUCACGGCAGCCGAGGUAAACAGAGCCUUCAAGUGACCAAAAGCCCUGUCCGCCCCAGCUGACCACUGCAGUUGCACCGGUUCCCCCUUCAGCAAGGAGGUAAUGGGAGCCGCUACCUGACCAAAGCCCCGGAUAAACCUCCGGUAGUAGUUGGCAAACCCUAAGAACCGCUGCACCUCCUUUACCGUGGUUGGAGUCGGCCAAUUACGCACGGCUGAAAUGCAGUCAUUCUCCAUCUCCACCCCUGACGCAGACAGGCGGUACCCUAGGAAGGAGACGGACUGUUGGAAGAACAGACAUUUCUCAGCCUUGACGUACAGGUCAUGCUUCAACAGUCGACCAAGCACCUUGCGCACCAGGAACACAUGCUCGGCACAUGUGGCGGAGUAUAUAAGAAUGUAAUCUAUAUACACCACUACACCCUGCCCGUGCAGGUCCCUGAAAAUCUUGUCAAUGAAGGAUUGGAAGACUGAUGGAGCAUUCAUCAACCCGUACGGCAUGACGAGGUACUCAUAGUGCCCAGAGGUGGUACUAAAUGCCGUCUUCCACUCAUCCCCCUCCCAGGUUGUAAGCGCUCCUGAGAUCCAAUUUGGUGAAGAAGUGCGCCCCGUGCAAUGACUCUGUCACACUGGCUAUGAGAGGCAGUGGGUAACUGUACUUCACAGUGAUCUGAUUUAGCCCACGAUAGUCAAUGCAUGGACGUAAACCUCCAUCAUUUUUCUUCACAAAAAAUAAACUUGAGGAGGCAGGUGAAGUGGAAGGCCGAAUGUAUCCCUGUCCCAGAGAUUCGGAGACAUAUGUUUCCAUAGCCGCCAUCUCCUCCUGAGACAGAGGAUACACGUGACUCCUGGGAAGUGCUGCGCCUACCUGGAGAUUUAUUGCACAAUCCCCCUGUCGAUGGGGUGGUAGUUGAGUCGCCUUCUUUUUACAGAAGGCAAGAGCCAAAUCGGAAUAUUCGGGGGGAAUGUGCAUAGUGGAGACCUGGUUUGGACUCUCCACCGUAGUUGCACGUAUGGAAACACCUACACACCUCCCUGAGCACUGACGUGACCAUCCCUUGAGAGCCCUCUGUUGCCACGAAAUAGUGGGGUCAUGAGAGGCCAACCAGGGAAGCCCCAACACCACAGGAAACGCAGGAGAAUCGAUCAGGAAGAGACUAAUUCUCUCCUCAUGAUCCUCCUGUGUUUUCAUCCAUAGUGGAGCUGUGACCUCCUUCAUCAGGCCCGACCCUAAAGGACGACUAUCUAAGGCAUGUACAGGGGAGGGCACAUCAACAUGAACAAUAGGGAUCCCUAAUCUACAUGCAAAUGAACUGUCAAUAAAGUUCCCAGCUGUGCCUGAAUCGACUAGCGCCUUAUGCUGGGAAUGCGGGGAAAAUUCAGGAAAUUCUAUACAAAACAUACAUACGCGAAACAGGGAGCUCUGGGUAAGUCAGGUGCCUACUCACCUGGGAUGAUCCACCAGUGCCCUGCCUGCUGCCUCGACUCCCUGGGGAACCUCCCCAGCACCGACCAGCAGUGUGCCCUCUGCGGCCACACUUGGUGCAGGAACCGGCCCCCCCUCCGGUCACCCUAGGAGCAGCACCUCCGAGCUCUAUAGGGGUAGGGUAGAUAGAUCCACCAGCUGGUCGAGGGUAAGGGUGGUGUCCCUGUAGCUCCCGACAAACGUCCUCGCGUAGACUACACCGGUAUUGGUUGAUCAGGGCCCUUUCAUUCCAUCCCGCGCUGGCCGCCAAGGUCCGGAAGUCCAGUGCGAAAGUCCUGUGCGCUCCUCUUCCCCUGUCUGAGGUGGAACAAGUGUUCCCCCGCCACUCUCCCCUCCAGGAGAUUAUCGAAGACCGCCCGGAAGCGGCGGGUGAAAUCCUCAUAGCGAACCAACGAUGCGUCUAUUCCUCCCCAUUCGGAGUUGGCCCAAUCAAGCACUCUCCCCGACAGACAGGAGAUGAGGGCGGACAUGCUCUCGUAUCCCGAGGGAGCCGGGUGGAAGCAGGAACCCCUGGCACCCGGCAGCCGUCCCAUCAUAUGCCCUCGGGAGCGAGAGCCGAAUCCCACUGAGUCCAGGUGACGGAGGGGUGGACAUCGGUGUGGGUUGACCUGAAGUUGCUAAGGUUGUGGGAAAACCCCCUCUCUCCCAUCGCUCCAUGGUCUGCAACACGCAAUCCAUCGCAGUGCCCAGAUUCUGGAGCAUCGUCGCGUGCUGCUGGACGCGCUCCUCCAAGGACUGGCUGCACCUGCUGACUCCAAAUUAGGUGCGUGUUUCUGUCAGGUGUCAAAUGUGUAGCGGUAGGACGGAGGCAGGACACAGAACUGAGUACACAACGUUCGUUACUUAGAAAAACAAACACUAAUUUCAUGCAGGGAAAACACACCAGCUCACAAAAGUGUAUGACACAACACAACGAACAAACACGCACAAAACCAUGUGGGAACCAGAGGGUUAAAUAGGGAAAUAAUCAUCAUACAAUGGGAACCAGGUGUGUACAAACAAGACAAAACCAAUGGAAAACAGAAACGCAGAUCGGUGGCAGCUAGAAAGUCGGUGACGACGAUCGCCGAUAGCCGCCCGCACAAGGAGAGGCACCAACUUCGGCGGAAGUCGUGACACAGGGGUCACGGAAAUUCAGAAUUGGCCUAUUUUAGAGGAAUAGAACAUAUCUUAAUGUAGCAAAUAAUCAUAAGUGGUUAUGAUCUAAUACAGAUCCAUAUUGGGAAAUGUUAACAAGAAAAUGUUAAUGUCGUAAGUGAUCAUGAUCUGAAAAUGACAAUGGAUUCCGCAAAUUACAGUAUGUGGUUAAAGUUACUUUUAGCUCUAUAGCGCUUCCUCGAAAAGUGCUUGAUCAGACACUAACAAGCCUGAAGUAUAUCAAUUAUCUUGAAUCACUCAUUCAGAAAGAAAUAGAACCGCGUACGAAGAGAAUUAAAAUAGCAUGUUCAACAUACAGCAAGAGAUCAAUUAUCUGUAAUCACUUGUUCAGAGAGAAAUAGAAUUACAUGUUCCAAAUGUUUCUCUGUUCAACAUAUACAGCAAGAGGCAAUUAGUUAGAGCAUCUGGGACUGACUGCAAAAUCAAUUUAACUUAAUUAUCUUUCACCAAGGUUGAGAUAAAUUCAAAAGUCCAUUGAAAUUCAAUUAAUUAAUGUCAAAAUCCUCAAAGAAAACAACAUACGGUUUGAUAGCAACAUCAAUUCAACAAAUGGCUUUGUCUCUGUCCACAGAUACACCAAGAUGAAGACAUCCACCAACAUCUACAUCUUUAACCUGGCUCUAGCGGAUGCCCUAGCCACCAGCACACUCCCCUUCCAGAGUGCCAAGUACCUGAUGGGGACCUGGGCCUUCGGAGAGUUCCUCUGUAAGGUGGUCAUCGCCAUCGACUACUACAACAUGUUCACAAGCAUCUUUACCCUGACCAUGAUGUCUGUGGACCGCUACAUUGCUGUGUGCCACCCAGGUAAAGGGAGAGAAGCAUUCCACAUGGCACCCUAUUCCCUUUAUAGUGCACUACUUUUAGCCAGAGUGUAUCCUCUCGCGAAAAUAAAUGAAAGGGUGCUAAGAGCCAAUAACACUCACUGUAAUAUAAGUUGCAAUUGAAACGUAAUUUUCUGUGUGUCACCCAGUGAGAGCCCUGGAGUUCAGGACGCCCGCCAAGGGUAAGAUCAUCAACGUUCUGAUCUGGGUUCUGUCCUCUGCCAUCGGAGUGCCCAUCAUGGUCAUGGCGGUGACAAAAACGACAGACAGUGGUGAGAAAGCAGCGUUAAACUAGCUAGCACGUUUUUGACACUUCUUUCAACGGCUUUCUUGUAUAGCCUCAAUCAUAUUGGGGUUUUUGUCAUUUGAAACUCAUCAUGUUUUUUUGAAUUUCUCAGUUAAAUUCUUUGUUUUUUAAAAUCCCAUUAAAUAAGGGAAUAUGUCACUCUUCCUGCUAAUUUACAGUAUAUUAAAUCUUUGGUCAAUUAUCUCUAUAACAUAAACCUCCUACAGUUUCCUCUCUAGAGCUGUCUGACCCCCCCUCUUUAAAUGUGUCUGACUCCUUUCCUUCUCUCCUUCACAUCUCUCUUCUCUCCUUCACCCCUCUCUCCUCUCCUUCACCUCUCUCUUCUUUCCUCCACCCCUCCCUUCUCUCCUUCACCUCUCUCUUCUCUCCUUCACCCCUCUCUUCCCUCCUUCACCUCUCUAUUCUUUCCUCCACCCCUCCCUUCCGCGCCUUCAACCCCCUCGUCGUUCCUCCACCCCCUCCCUUCUCUCCUCCACCCUCUCUUCUUCCCCCCCCCUUCCUUCUCUCCUUCACCCCUCUCUUCUUUCCUCCACCCCUCCCUUCUCUCCUUCACCCCUCUCUUCUUUCCUCCACCCCUCCCUUCUCUCCUUCACCCCUCUCUUCUCUCCUCCACCCUCUCUCUUCUCUCCUCCACCCCUCCCUUCUUUCCUCCACCUCUCUCUUCUUUCCUCCACCCCUCCCUUCUCUCCUUCACCCCUCUCUUCUCCCCUUUACCCCUCUCCUCCUAGGUCAGACUAUGUGCACACUGAAGUUCCCCGACCCUGACUGGUACUGGGACACAGUCACUAAGAUCUGCGUUUUCAUCUUUGCCUUCAUCGUCCCUGUCACGGUCAUCACCAUCUGCUAUGGUCUGAUGAUACUGCGUCUGCGCAGCGUCCGCCUGCUCUCCGGCUCUAAGGAGAAGGACCGCAACAUGCGCCGCAUCACCCGCAUGGUCCUCGUGAUUGUCGCGGCCUUCAUCAUCUGCUGGACGCCCAUCCACAUCUUCAUCAUCAUCAAGACCCUGGUGGAGAUCGACUCUAGGUUAGUCGUUAUGUUUCGUGUACUUUUAUUUUCUUGCUGAUUUUACCGUGUGCUUGUGUUGCUUCUUUAUUCAUCUUGCUGAUUUUAUUAGGUCAAAUUUCUUUGGGUGUGUUGAAAAAGGGCAUCAAAUAAAAUGUAUUAUACAUAACUUAUUAUUAUUUAUUAUUAACAGGAACCCCUACGUGAAAGCCAGCUGGCACCUCUGCAUUGCGCUGGGCUACAUGAACAGUAGUCUCAACCCCGUUCUCUACGCUUUCCUGGACGAGAACUUCAAGAGGUGCUUCCGGGACUUCUGCCUGCCCUGCCGGACCCGCGUGGAACGCAACUCCCUCAACACAGGUCGGAAUGCCAACCGGGAACCCGUGUCCGUCUGCGCUCCGACUGUAGCUGGGACGGAAAAGAAGCCUGUAUGA